GCAGGGUAACAUUUUAUCCAUAACUUGUUUUUCCAUACUAAGAGAGUUUAAGCAGUUGAAGAAAUGGCUUCCAAGGCUUUGGUUCUGUUAGGUCUCUUUGCAGUUCUUCUUGUCGUCUCAGAAGUGGCCGCAGCAGCUGAGGCACAGUCCGGCACAGUGAAGAAUGAGGAAAUUGUGCAACCUGAUCAAUAUGGUGGAGGUUACAACAACGGAGGAGGAGGCUACAAUAAUGGAGGAGGAGGUUACAACAACGGAGGAGGAGGUUACAACAAUGGAGGAGGAGGUUAUAACAAUGGAGGAGGAGGGUAUAACAACGGAGGAGGAGGGUACAACAGAGGAGGAGGCUACAACAGAGGAGGAGGAUACAACCGCGGAGGGGGUGGGGGUUACUGCCGCCACGGCUGCUGCUACAGAGGUUACCGUGGCUGCUCAAGGUGUUGCUCGUAUGCUGGAGAAGCUGUUCAGACUCAGCCCGGUCACUAAAACAAAAUCAUCAAUUCCCCACCAUGCAUAAUUGCAUUAUGUGUGUAUCACUUUUAAGUAAACCAUGGUGCGAUUUUAAUGAAGUGCCUCAAGUAUUUGAGGCAAGAUAGAUUAAGACGAUAACUAUGGGAAUAAAGUUUGAAAAUAAUACUUGUAAGAUGUGCUGUUUGCGUAAUCGUGUGUACUUUUAUGUUAAUAUCGUCUUUCGGUUUUGGAUAACGGCACUGUUACAUAUACUUUAUGUUACCGUUAUUCAUACUCUCAGGUUGGGAGAUAAACUUUCUGUGGCCAAA